AUGUCAAACAAAAGAACAAAGGGAGUAACGGUAAUAAGACCAAUAGUAUAUGGUAAUAUCGCAACAUUAUUACCGCAAAAGAAGAUUCCCGACUCUGACCAUACGCACAAGUGGACAGUGUCGGUUAAAGGUUUAAAUAAUGAAGAUAUAAGUAGUUUUGUAAAGAAGGUGACCUUCAAAUUACAUGAAACGUACGCGAAUCCUCAACGAGUGGUUGAACAUCCACCGUUCGAACUUACCGAAACGGGAUGGGGAGAAUUUGAAUUAACGAUAAAGUUACAGUUCGUUCCGGAAAGUGGCGAAAAACCGGUGAUGCUUUAUCACAACCUAAGGUUACAUCCCUAUGAAGAGGAUGGAUCUAUAUCUACGGCCAACAAGAACAAACCAGUGCAGAGCUUCCAAUACGAUGAGUUGAUCCAACGGAAUAUCUGUGUACAAGCCGAAAUAGAUGAGAUCCGUAAGAUUGAAGAGGCGACGAAAAAAGUGCAAGAACAAUUAGUUAUAUAUAAGGAAAAAUUGGAAAAAACUACCAAAGAAUUGGAUGAAGUUAAGUUAGAAUUGGAACGAGUCAAAAAGUAG